UUUUUCCUUAUUUUAUUUUAUGUAAGAGUUAGCAGAGCACUUGCAUCAUUGACACCAAAAUGGCUGACUGAAGAUUUUCCUAAUGUGGAAAACAGCAGUGUGGUAAAGUCAUUCCAGGAAAAAAGUGAGUUAAUGAGUUGCAAUUCCAACCAGUUGUUCUUGGAUAAUGAUGAUCCAGUUGUUACGGAAGUACUAGAGACAUCACUGCAGGAGGAGUGCAAGACCACAGACACCAAAAAGGGAAACAGAAAAGUGGCCACUGAGCAUAUGGCCAUCUCCCAAAACUCACUGUUUGUCAGCACUCUAGUCACUGAGCAGAACAAUGGCUACAAGCCCCAGGUUUCCAACAGAAGCCCACUGGGAAACAUAUCUAGUAAUACUUACGAAGCACAGUCCCAAGCACUGGAUCCAAACACAUACCUCUCAAGCCAAGAUACAAAUGUUUUCUUAAAAGAUUAUACAAGUCCUAUUACUUUCUUGUGGAAUGCUGAAGGAACUGAGAGCAAAACAUUUUUACUUGAGAAGAUUAACCUCAUUUUAAACAACAGAAGUGGACAGAGCAACACUUUCAGUACAACAGAUGAGGAACCUAAUACACUUUUGGAAAACCAAUGGAAAAGUCCGCCAUCCACUGAAAAUGUUCAAGAGCAGACGUUAGUUCCAGAAGAGUUGGUCUCUUGCUUAGGAGCUGUGACUGAAGGAUCCAUAGGUAUAAAGUCCUAUUUUCCACAAACUGUUGGAAAACUAUUUCAAUAG